AUGACUCUGGCUUUCGACGAAGAAUGCAACCAUUUCACUUGUUUUGGUGAAUCUCAAGCCUCAGGAAGCUUGCAAAAGAAUUUAUCAACACAGUUCAUGAGCAUUUUUGACGACCUUUGUAAAGUUGCAGAGAAGAUGGCUUGUUACGGUGGCGAUGGGUUAUUAGCGAAGUGGUUGGCGAGUGGAGCGAUGAGCAGCAGCGGCAGCGGCAACUACAUUGCGCCUGGAGAGAAUCGUCCGUGCGUCCCGAUUUUUUACGUGGAGUGCACUCUGUCUGCAUGGCCUCUCCCAGCGGGUGACUGGAAGAAAUCUCUGGAUGGCGCUUUUGGUUUUGCGGUGGAUGCGGCAGCGAAACGUUUCAACCUGCGGAAGGAAGAUCUGGAGGCCAAAAUCAGUGAUCCUAGCUACAAGAACUCGAGGCUGACGCCUGAGGCAUGGGCCAGACAGAACUACAUCAGGGUUGUUCCCAAGCCAGACCAGGGACUGGAGGGCGAAAACACGAGACUCAAAGAUCUGAACUCCAAGUUGAUCCUGCAAGUCACCAACCAGAAAGAAGAGAUCAAGAACACAAAGGACAAGCUUAUGAAGGUGAACAAAGAGCAAGCUGAGAAAAUCCAGGAGCUGCAGAAGGACUCAAGGGAGAUCGUCAGCCUUAAGGAGGAGAAUACCAAACUCACAGAGAGAGUGGCAGAGCUCGAGGAGAAGCUGAAGGAGGAAACUUUGAAGCGGAAGGAGGAAACUUCGAAGCUAAAGGAGGAACUUACAGACCUGAGUCGUCAGCUUUCAGCCCAGGGCCGUGAACUCUCAGCAUUGCAGCAGAGGUUAUCUGCAUUGCGCAUGUUCGAGCGAGUGCUUCUGCGAAAGCUCUGCAAGGCCGCUCGGGAGAAAUGCGUGAGGCUUGCGAGAGAAGCAGAUGUGGAGAUCCCACUUGCAGCCGAUGGAAAAAUAAAUUGGAAUGAGUUUUUCAACAUUCCAGGGUAA